UUUUGGGACAAAAUAACUUAGUGAUAGCUUCUCUGGUUUCUGUGGUUGGCAUCCAUUCUAUGGUCAACGCUCAUUCCCCAGUUUCUAGUACAGUUGUUAUUUGCUCUUCCUCUACCUCCAGCAGAUGCUCUACCUUGGCUUCUGCCUCCAGCAGUUGCACCCCCUUGGUUUCUGCUACCACCUUGGCUUCUACCUCCAGCAGCUGCGCCACCCCGGCUUUUAGCUCCAACAUCUUGACGUCUGCUUCCUGCAUCUUGGCUUCUGCUAGCUCCUCCUUGAGCAGCAGAUCCACCCUUCAUCUCAUAAUUAACUCUAUUAGAAUCUGCAGCUACAGCUACUCCAGUUGAUACAGACCCUCCUGAAGUCGCCUGGAGAUUCCUGCUGAUGUAGCUAGCUUGAGCGGUGAUCACCAAGAUAAGUAAAAGUAUUGCAAUAAAUUUCA